AUGGCUGCUCUAAUAGCGUGUUUUCAUUUCUUGACAUUGUCGCCUCGAGCAAAGCUAUGGCUAAAGAAGCAAUUCAUUCAAUUGGACUUGUACAAGGCAAGAUUUGAUGAAGUAAAAGAUGUUGUUGAGAGGCUCAAGAACAAGAGAGAUGCUAUUCGGCAUACAACGGAUGAGGAAGAACGUCGACAUGGUAGAAGAAUUCACAUUGAAGUUAAAGAAUGGAUGGAGAGGGUGGAUAAACUUAUUCUCGAAUAUAGGGUUUUCAACGAGGAUGAAAUAUGCCAUAAAUGUGCAUUGUUUGAUUUUUUUGACAGUGGUUACCUUCCGAAGCCAGGUAUAAGGUAUCGUCGAAGUAGAAAAGCAAAUGAUAUAACAAAGCAGGCAAAUGGGUUACUACAAGAUGCAAAGUUUGACAUUUUAUCUUAUUGGUCUGGCCCUCCCUCCAUGGCAGCCUUUUUUUCUAACCUUGGUUAUGAAAGCUAUUCAUCAAGGAAUGACACUGUGAAAAAGAUCGCUGAUGAAUUCCAAAAGCCAGGUGUUAGAAUGAUCGGUCUUCAUGGGUUGAGUGGCGUUGGCAAGACUACUUUAGUGAAAGAAGUUGUGAAAAAAGCUUUGAAAGAUAAGAUGUUUGAAGUGGUGACCAUGGCAAGUGUGACAAAAAACCCUGAUAUAAGAAAAAUCCAAGGACAAAUUGCUGAUAUGUUGGGGGUUGUAUUGGAGGAGGAAAGUGACAUUGCAAGAGCUGCUAGGAUACACCAGAUAUUGAAUAAUGAGAAUAAGAGCACGCUGAUAAUCCUAGACGAUCUUUGGGAAGAAGUGAACUUUGACUUGCUAGGGAUUCCAUAUGAAUUAGAAAAAGAAGAUGGCGUAAAAAAUAUCCAAGGAAAAUCCCCUGAUGUAUAUAGCUUGAAGAAUGUCAGUGAUGGAAAAUCCCCCAUCCUUGAUGGUUCAGCGAGUUUUAAAAAAGGAAGGUCACACGAUGUUGAUGGUUCUAAGAAUGUCAAGAAAGGAGAGGUCCUUGGUGGUGGUUUUAAGAAUGUCAAUGAAGGAAAAUCACCUAUUGAUGCUUUUGGUCGAGUGAAAGCAGAAAAUAUUGUUCCUCAGUACAAAGGGUGCAAGAUUUUGAUGAUUUCUGAAAUAAAACAAGUGUUGUUAAGUCAAAUGGAAGGGAAAGAAGAGAGUAUCUUCCCCGUGGAAGUCUUAAAGGAGAAGGAAGCAGAGAUGUUGUUUAAGAAAAAGGCAGGAAUAAGUGGUAAGAGUUUUGAAUAUGACAAAUUAGGAGCUCAAAUUGCCAGCAAGUGUAAAGGAUUGCCGAUGACAAUAGUUACCACUGCAAGGGCAUUGAAAAAUAAGAGUCUUUCUGUAUGGGAAGAAACUAAUCGAAAACUUGAAUCUCAAAACUUAACUGGAGCACCUGAAUAUUCUACGAAGUUGAGCUAUGAACUUUUAGAAGAUGAGGAACUCAAGCACAUAUUCCUGCUUUGUGCUCGCAUGGGUCAUGAUGCAUUGAUUGUGGACUUGGUGAAAUAUUGUAUUGGUUUUGGUUCUCUCCGAGGAUUCAACACAGCAAGAGAAACUAGAGACAGGGUAUAUACGUUGGUUGCAAAGUUAAAAGAGUCAGGUCUAUUGUCUGACAGUUAUUCAAGUGACCAUUUUACCAUGCCAGAUACUGUUCGCAGAGCAGCUUUGUCCAUAGCAUAUAAGGAAAAUCAUUUGUUUACAAUGACAAAGGGAAAGGUAGAUGAAUGGCCAGAAAAACUUCAAAGGUAUGUUGCACUUUCCUUACAUCAUUGUGACUUUGUUGAUGAUUUUCCUGGGAGGUUAAAUUACCCAAGACUUAGAGUCCUUCAAAUUGUCAAUAAUAUUCCACAUCUGAAAAUACCCAAAAACUUCUUCAAAGGAAUGAAAGAACUUAGAGUGUUGAUAUUGAUUGGUAUUCAAUUGCCCCUCAUUGAUUCUUCAAUUUCAUCCUUGCAUAAACUUAGAAUGCUUUCUUUGGAGCAAUGUUGCAUGCUCGAUGAAGAAUUAUCCAUCGUAGGAGAGAUGAAAAGGUUAAGAGUUCUUAGUUUUUCAGGAUCUGAUAUCAAAAGUCUGCCAUAUGAGUUGAAUGAGUUAAAAAGGCUACAAAUAUUUGACAUAAGUAAUUGCUCUAAACUUAAAAAUAUUCCGCAUGGUGUCGUAUCUAGCUUGGUAAGUCUAGAGGAGUUGUAUAUGAGAAAUACCUUGAUUCAAUUGAAGGAUGAAGAACAAACUCGUCAAAGUCAAAUAGCUCUUCUUUCUGACUUAAAACAUUUGAAUCAAUUGACAACUUUGGACAUACAAAUCCCAAAUGUUUCGAAUUUGCCAAAGAAUUUGUUUUUUGACAAGUUAGAUAAUUACAAGAUUGUUAUUGGAGAUUUAAGUUCAUUUUCAGAUACCGGUUUCCAAAUGCCAGAGAAAUAUGAAACAUUGAAAUUUUUGGCAGUACAAUUGAAAAAUGGAUGUGAUAUUCAUUCCUUAAAGGAGAUCAAAAUGUUGUUUGAAGGAGUUGAAAAUUUGUUUCUAGAACUUAAUACUGUCCAUGAAAAGCCCACUAGUGCUCGUGAAGCCCAUAAUAUUGUCCACGACCUCUUUUAUAGAUUGAAUUUAAAAGGAUUUCCAUAUCUUAAACAUUUGUGGAUUGUAAAUAAUUCUACCAUUCAAUCUCUCAUCCAUCCAAAGGACAGGCAACAUCCUGAGAAAGCUUUUCCAAAAUUGGAGUCAUUAUGUCUCUAUAAUCUCAAGAUGGAUGAAUUAUGCUCUUGUAAACUUUCAGAACCCUCCUUUGGUAAAUUGAAAGUCAUCAAGAUCAAUCUAUGUGGUGAAUUGAAGAAUGUAUUCUCAAUUUCCGUGGUUGGACUUUUGAAAGUUCUUGAAACAAUUGAAGUUUCUGAAUGUAACUCUUUGAAGGAAAUUAUCAAUGUGGGACCACCAAACAACUUUGAAAAUAUUGAGCUUCUUAUGCUUCCUGAAUUACGUUAUUUGAAGCUACAAUCUUUAUCUGAAUUCAUUGGGCUUGAUGCUAUUCCUCACAUAGAAGGAGAGGAAAGAAAACUCUUCCAUGAAAAGGUUGGAGUUUCAAAAUUACAAAGACUAGAGUUGUCCUCGAUCCAGAUUGACGUAAUAUGGAGUGUCGACCAAUCUUCAGAAAGAUCAUCUUUUGAAAAUUUAACACAUUUGGACGUUAAUGGUUGUUGGAAAUUAAAAUAUUUGAUGUCAUCUACAAUGGCCAAGUGUUUGGUGAAUCUUCAAAGCCUUUAUGUAAGUGAAUGUGAGAAGAUGAAAAACAUCUUCCUCCCUGAACAAGAUAGAGAGAAAGAUAUUAUGGGCAACAUCUUUCCAAAAUUGAAGAAUAUGAAACUUCGCAGCAUGAAGAGUCUGAGUAAGAUAUGGAAUCCGAAACUUCCUUCAGACUCCUUUAGCAAACUAGACACUCUAAUCAUUGAGGAGUGUCACAAACUUGAAAAUGCAAUGGAGAGAAUAUUUGGGAGACUAUGCAACUUGAGAGUUACAAAUUGCAGGUCCAUGCAAGCAAUAUUUAAUAUAUGUGAGAAAGUUGGGGAUGUAGCUAAUAACUUGCAAGAUGUGCAUUUAGAAACACUCCCCAAAUUGAAGCUUGUAUGGAAAAUGAAUAAUGAAGACCAAGUAGGGAUUCCUAAGUUUAACAAUCUGAAGAGGAUAUUGGCUAAAGAUUGUGACAACUUGGAAUAUAUAUUUCCAUUUUAUGUAGCCAAUAGUCUUGAUAAUCUUGAAUCUCUUGUGGUUUGUGGUUGCUAUGGAUUGAAUGAAAUUGUUGCCGAAAGGGAAGCCACCAACACUGUCAGAGUCAGAUUUAACUUUCCUAAACUAAGCACCAUCAAAUUUUCAGAACUGCCAAAACUUAAGAGCUUCUGUCCAACAGCUUAUGACUUAUCAUGUCCAUUGAAAGAGCUGUCUAUUGAACUUUGUAACAAUCUGGAACCAUUCAACAAAGGAACCCAACAUGAACAAGCAAAUCAUGUACAUGUAUUCUUUCCUGAAGAGGUACUGGUUAUCAAUAACUUGAAGACCAUGCAAAUUGAGUCUCGGUAUGCAAAGUCAUCAAGCAGUUAUAUGGGUAAAAGGAACCAUCGAAGGGAUAACUUAGAAGAGCUUUCCUUGUCUAGAUUAAUAGAUACUGAGAUUUUAUAUUCUUUCCUAUAUAGAAAUCCUAAUUUGAAAAGUUUAUCAUUGAAUAAUUGUUUCUUUGAAAAGAUAGUGCCUCCAAAGGAAGAUACUGAAAUUGAAAACUUGGGAGUAGUACCAAAUCUGAAAAGCUUGAUGUUGAUAGACUUGCCGAAUCUGGAAGAGAUAGGAUUUGAACAAGACAUAAUUCUUGAAAGGUUAGAGUUAUUGAUUUUAAAGAAUUGUCCUCGUAUGAUUACCAUAGCACCUUCCUCUGUAUCUUUUACUCGCUUGACAAAUCUAGAAGUGGUCAAUUGUGAUGGAUUGCAAAGUCUAAUGUCAGCAUCUACUGCAAAAAGUUUGGUUCAGCUUAACACCAUGAAGGUAGUGAAAUGUGAAUCCCUGAUGGAAAUAGUAAGAAAGGAUGGAGAAAAAUCUGAUAGAGUUGUUUUUCAACAAUUGAAAGCCCUAGAGCUUGUUUCACUGAAGAACCUCAAGAGUUUUUGUGUCUCUGAUUGUGACUUUGAAUUCCCAUCAUUGGAGAAAUUAGUAGUGAGCUCAUGUUAUAAUAUGGAUAGAUUUUCUGAAACAGUCACCAGCUCACCAAUUUUACAAAAUGUACAUGUUGUACACGGAAAAGAGAACAAACGAUUUUUCUGGGAAGGAGAUAUAAAUGCUACAAUACAAAAAAUAUUCGAGGAAAAGAAAUUUUUUGAAGGCAUGGAGGAGAUGAGCCUUCCCGAACAUCAAGAAACUUGGCAACGAGGAGUUGGUCUGCAAAAGCAAAAUAGUUGCUUUUAUAGUUUGAAAGUUUUGAAACUUGAGAAUUGUGUAAUUCAACCAUGUGCAAUUCCAUCUGAUAUUCUUCCUUAUUUGAGGAGCUUAAAAGAACUGCAAGUACGAGGUUGCAACAAUGUAGAGGUAAUUUUUGAGAUGAAUGGUGAAGAGGGUAUUGGAUCAACAUUUCACUUGCACAAACUGACUUUAGAAAAGCUACCGAAACUUAAGGAUGUGUGGGAAAGAAACGGUAAAGGAACCGAGAGCUUUCAAAAUUUGAAGCUAGUCAAUAUUAGUGAAUGUGACAACCUGCAAACUGUGUUUCCUUUGUCCUUGGCAAAAAAUCUUAAGAAGCUUGAUGAACUUCAAAUAGUACAUUGUCAUAGAUUGCAGGAAAUUGUUAGAACGGAAGAUGACACAUCAGUGGUGUUUGUGCUCCCUUGCUUAAGUAAACUAUGUCUUGUCGAUUUGCCAGAGCUCAUUUACUUCUACCCAGAAUCAUUCACUUUAGAAUGCUCGGCAUUAAAUAAAUUAUUUGUGUGGAGUUGCCCAGAGUUGGAGCUAUUUGGAAGUGCUAACAGACAACCCAUUUUCUUUGAUCUAAAGGACGUUUGCAACCUUAAGGAACUGAUACUUGACUGGAAACACAUAUUGGUGUUAAGGAAGAAGUUGGGAGAACCUAUGAACAACCUCAAAUAUUUAAAUUAUUUUAAGUUCUUCUUUGAUGUUGAUGAGAAUGAAAGACCUGAUUUGCCCAUUCAAAUACUGCAGAAGAUGCCCAAUUUAAGAAAAAUGACUAUAUGCUAUUGCAAUUGCCUCGAGGUAUUCCAAACUCAAAUCCCAGAAAUUGUUGAGAAAAAGGUGCUUACAUACUUGAAAACAUUGAAACUGGAUAGUGUGUCAAAACUGCAGUCCAUUGGGUCGGAGGACUCACCAUGGUUAAACGUGAUUUGUGACAGUGAAAAGCUCCAAAAAUUACAUGUUGUCGAUUGUCCUGAUUUGAAAACAUUAGUGCAUUCUACUCCUUCAGUGUCUUUCACGUAUGUGAAAAAGUUAUACAUAGAGAGGUGUCAAGAAUUGAAGUAUUUAUUCACAUUAUCAGCAGUGAAUAAGUUAGAGAACCUUGAGUAUAUACAAGUCAAAGACUGUGAGUCAAUGGAAGCAAUAAUCUUGAAAGAGGAUGACAUCUCAGAAGAGAUCAAAUUACAACAUUUAAAGCGCAUAGAUCUAAAUCUUUUAUCAAGCUUGGAAUGCUUUUAUUCAGGCAAUGACACUUUGCGGGUACCCUCCUUGAUGCAAGUGGACAUAUGGGAGUGCCCCAAGAUGAAGUUUUUCUCUAGAGGAGAGAUACACCUAAAUUCUUCUUUUAGAGGAAUUCAAGCUUCAAACGUCUCAAGUGAUGACUUGGUCUUCUACCAUGAUCUUAACUCUUCAGUAGAAAAGGUGUUCUUGCAACAGGAGUUUUUUCAAGCCGUGGACAAGGACUAUCAUUCUGAUCAACUUCAGACACUAUCAGAACUAUAUUGUAAAAUUAGUAUGGAAAACAAAUGGUUGGCCAAUUUGGAAACUUUGAAGCUGCAGAACUGCACUCUAUUAUAUGCAAUUCCCUCUUCUAUUCUUGCUCUUUUAAAGAACUUAAAAGAGUUAGAAGUACGAGAUAGCGACCAAAUAGAGGCAAUUUUUUAUAUAAAUGACGAUACUGAGAUUAAGGAAACAGAAUCCCAGUUGAAGAUAUUGACUUUAAAUGGGCUUUCAAAGUUGACGCAUGUGUGGGAAAAGGACACAAACAAAAUUCUCAUCUUUCAAAAUCUACUAGAGGUUGUUGUUAGUGACUGUGCAAAGCUGCAAACUUUAUUUCCUGCUUCCCUUGCAAAAAGUCUCAAAGAUCUUAAGAAGCUUAAAAUAGAUACCUGUGAAAAUUUGCAAGACUUUAUUGAACAUGAAGAAACAACAUUUGUAACAGAAAAGUUUGUGUUCCCUUGUCUAGAGGAUUUGGAACUCUGUGACUUGCCCCGGAUCACUUGUCCUAAAAUGUUCACUCUAGAAUUCCCCUCCGUAAAAUUCUUAGAUGUGAGGGGUUGUGAUGGGUUAGGGUUAUUUCAAAGUGUAUAUGAUCCCAUGGAGGGCACUUCAAGCAGAAAACUUCCUCUUAUCUCAGACCCAAAUGUCAUUUCCAACCUGGAGAAACUGACUCUUGAUUGCAAACAAAUUUUGGCAUUAAGCUUAUGGUUUAAGUCACAGAAAUCUAUAGAACGCCUCACAAAUUUAAACAGCAUUUCCUUGUGUUUCUUUCGCGCUAAGGAAAAUGAAAUGCCCAUGUUGCCGGUUGAAAUACUCAAGGCUCCAAAUUUAAUAGAAAUGGAUAUAAGCAGCUGUGUAAGUCUCAAGAAUUUCCUUGCUAAAAACCCUAAAAUUGGCGAGGAGGAGAUGCUGGGAAAGUUGACAAUAGUGAAGCUAUGCAAUGUGUCCACUACACAGUUAUUCGAGUUAGAGUACUCCUCAAGCUUAAACAUAUUUGAGAGGCUCCACAAAUUAUUUGUUUCCGACUCUCACUAUUUGACAACAUUAGGAGUACAUUUCACUUCUACAGUGUCUUUCUCUUGUCUGAAAGAAGUGAAUAUAUACAAAUGUCAAAAGUUGAAGUAUUUAUUUACAUCUUCAGCUGCCAAAAUGUUAAUGAACCUUGAGGAGAUUAGUGUCGUUGAAUGUGAAUCACUAACAGAAAUAGUGGUUAAAGAGGGAUAUACAACUUCUGAAGCCAUUAAUUUUGAGCGACUCCACUCCAUUUAUCUUCAAUCUUUAACAAGUUUAGUAUGCUUUUAUUCUGGGAGUGACACUCUGCAAUUAUCAUCUUUGAAAAUUGUGACAAUAUGGAGGUGCCCCAACAUGGAGAUUUUCUCCCAAGGAAUUGAAUCCCUUAAUGGCAUUACGUUAUCCACAGACCUGGAACCAGAUGAUUUACCUUCUCCACAAGAUCUUAAUACUAGAAUAAAAGGGAUCUCACAACGAAAGGAGUUUAUUGAAGCAGUGGACAAGAAGUGUUUUUCUUAUUAUCUUGAGCUACAAGAAGAUCCACAUUGUAAGUUUGGCUUGCAAAACCAGUGGUUGCGCGAUUUGGUUACUUUGAAGCUUCAGAAGUGUACUCUGCCAUGUGCAAUUCCAUCUGCUAUUCUUGCUCUUCUAAAGAGCUUAAAAGAGUUGGAAGUACGGGAUAGCAACACAGUAGAGGUACUUUUUAAUAUGAAUGACACUGAAAUUACGCCAAUGGCAUCGCAGUUGAAGAUGUUGACCUUAGAAAAGCUAUCGAAGAUGAGACGUGUUUGGGAGAAGAGGAAAAAUGGAGUUGUCAUCUUUCCGAAUUUGCAAGAGGUCAUUGUUAGAAGUUGUGAAAACCUGCAAACUUUAUUUCCUGCUUCCCUGGCAAAAAAUUUAAAAAGUCUAAAAACCCUUGAAAUACAUAAUUGUGAUAAGUUCCAUGAAAUUGUAGAAAAAGAAGAAGACACAGAAGCAAAGUUUGCGCUCCCUUGUUUAGAGAUGUUGGAUCUUUAUUCCUUGCCACAACUCACUUGCUUUUAUGCUCAAACAUUCACUUUGGAAGGCCCAGCCUUAAAUAAAAUAUCUGUGGUGAAGUGUGGCAAAUUGGAGUUAUUUACUUCAGUUAACAGAAAGCCUCUUAUUUCAAGUCUAGAGGUCAUUUCAAACCUAAGAAAAUUGAAUCUCGAUUGGAAACAAAUUAUGGCAUUAAGAGCAAGGUUUAGGUCUGAAAAAUUUACAAGGGUCUUCAAAUUUGUGACUGAAAUGAAGCUGGCCUUGGACGGUAAUGUGAGUGAGAUGCCUAUAGUGCUCAAUGAAAUACUCCAUACAACACCCAACUUAAUAAAAAUGACAAUGUUUAUAUACAAUUGCAAUAGUACGGAGAUUUUCCUUGCUCAAAACUACAAAAUUGUUGAGGAUGGGAUGCUCUUAAAUUUAAGAAUGUUGACACUAUCCCAUGUAUCUACCAUCCGAUCCAUCCAGACACAGAACUCAUCAUGGUUAAACACAAUCUGCGAGAAGGUUCACGAAUUAACUGUCUUCCGAUGCCAUCAUGUUGAAACAAUUGGAGUGCAUUCUACUUCUACAAUGUCUUUCUCUUUUCUGAAAAAGUUGUAUGCAUAUCGAUGUCCCCAAUUGCGGUAUUUAUUUACAUCUUCAGUAGCCAAGAAGUUAGUGAACCUCAAAGAGAUCAGGGUCACAGAAUGUAAAUCUCUGAAAGAAAUAGUGUCAAAAGAGGGAGAUGAACAUGAACAGAAAGGAGAAGGUGAAGAUGAAGAUGAAAAUGAGAUGAUAACCAUGAAGCUUGAGAUUUUGACUCUUAUCUCAUUAGGCAAAUUUGAAAGGUUUUACUCGGGGAGUUCCACUUUGAAUGUCCCAUUUUUGAGAAGAGUGAGGGUUGACAAAUGCUUCCACACCAAGAUUUUUCGUCAUCGUGAUAAAUUGCGUCCGGAAGUUAGUGUGGUGAUAGAUGAAAUCCGUCGUAAAGGUGAUACAAAAGCUCUGAUUAUGCAACAGUUUGAGGAGGAGGCCUCCUGA